AUGGCGAUAACCUCGUUGGGCUUCGCCAGUCCUCUUUCCUUCUCUCUACGCCAUCUCAAGCAAUCCCAUUGCGCUUUCCCUUCAAAAGCCUCACGUCAUUUGACUCUGCGCUCCUCCACCACCUCCGCCGCCACUAUGGCUAAUUCCUCUAACGACCACCACCCAUCGCUAGAAGUUAUCGGCGGAGCUAUGGAGAAAUUGCUCCCGGCAUUCAAAACCAUCAAUCUACCGUACAAUCCUUAUCCGGUUUUUGGUUGGAACCGGCACGUGGAGACCAUUUUCGCUGCGUUCUUCCGGUCCCUACCCGACGUCAGAUUCCGGCGUGAGUGUCUCCGCACUCAAGACAACGGUGCCGUCGCCCUCGACUGGGUCUCCGGCGAUGAUAGAACGCUUCCUUCUGAGUCUCCGGUGCUCAUUUUGCUGCCAGGUCUUACUGGUGGGAGUGGCGACACAUAUGUGAGGCAUAUGCUGUUGAGAGCUAGGAACAAGGGAUGGCGCGUGGUGGUGUUUAAUAGCAGAGGUUGUGGAGACAGCCCUGUUACCACACCUCAGUUUUAUUCAGCUUCAUUUCUUGGCGAUAUAUCUGAGGUGGUUGCACAUGUUGGCAACCGCUACCCAAGAGCUAAUUUAUAUGCUGUUGGCUGGUCGCUUGGAGCAAAUAUUCUUGUUCGAUAUUUGGGUCAGGAAUCUCAUUCUUGCCCUCUUUCUGGCGCUGUAUCCUUGUGCAAUCCAUUCAACUUGGUAAUUGCAGAUGAAGACUUUCGUAAGGGCUUUAAUAUUGUAUAUGACAAAGCUCUAGCAAAUUCACUCUGCAAAAUUUUCAAGAAGCAUGCUCUUCUUUUCGAGGACAUCGGAGGUGAAUUUGAUAUUCCAAUGACUGAUAACGCCAAAUCUGUCAGAGAAUUUGAUGAGGGACUAACACGAGUUUCAUUUGGAUUUAAAUCGGUGGAUGAUUACUACUCCAACUCAAGCAGCUCAGAUUCCAUAAAGAAUGUCUCAAUACCUCUUCUUUGCAUUCAGGCUGCAAAUGAUCCAAUUGCUCCAUCUCGGGGAAUUCCGCGUGAAGAUAUCAAGGAAAAUCCAAACUGUUUGUUGGUGGUUACUCCGAAAGGUGGCCAUUUGGGGUGGGUGGCAGGUGGGGAAGCUCCACUUGGAGCUCCUUGGACCGAUCCUGUAGUUAUGGAUUUCUUGGAACAUUUGGAGCAAGCUAGGUCUUCAAUUGUAACGUCUAGCACGAAUCUGGAUGAUGCUCGUCCUGGCACAGCUCAAAGCAUGGGCCUUCACCAACUUGAGGUUGUUCCUUUUCCUACUGGCUCAUUAUCAAAUGCUGUCUCCCAUAAUAAUGUUAUGAACAACAGUCUAAGUGGCAGUAGGACUUAG